AUGUACAAGUUUGUCGGUGGAACGAGAAAAUAUGGAAACGUUCAAGGGGUACGUGGUGUAAACGUGGAGGCUGUCCUGCGAGUAGAGGAAGAUGAAGUAAAGAGGAAUACAUCCCAGCACCAAGUAGAGGACGACUUGGGACUCAGUAUGUUGAUUGACUCUCAAAAUAACCAGUACAUUUUGACCAAACCCAGGGAUUCUACCAUACCUCGCGCUGACCACCAUUUUAUCAAGGACAUUGUGACCAUAGUAAUGGUGUCCCUGCCUUGUGGAUGGGCAUGUACGAUGAUCGGGCUACCAACAAUGUUUGGCUAUAUCAUCUGUGGCGUUCUUCUAGGGCCAUCAGGAUUAAACAGUAUAAAGUCUAUUGUCCAGGUGGAAACUCUAGGAGAGUUUGGAGUCUUCUUCACACUUUUUCUUGUUGGAUUGGAAUUUUCUCCAGAAAAAUUGCAAAAGGUAUGGAAAAUUGCAGUGCAAGGACCAUGUUUCAUGACUGUUUUAAUGAUUGCAUUUGGUUUACUGUGGGGGCAUUUCCUGCAAAUCAGACCUGCGCAGAGUGUCUUCAUUUCAACAUGCUUAUCCUUGUCUAGCACCCCCUUGGUAUCCAGGUUCCUUGUAGGCAGCUCUCGAGGAGAUAAAGAUGGAGACAUUGAUUAUAGUAGUGUGCUGCUGGGUAUGCUUGUGAUGCAGGAUGUCCAGCUUAGUCUUUUCAUAGCUGCUAUGCCGACUCUCAUUCAAGCUGGAGGAAACACUUACUCCAGUGUUGUCUUGGAGAUUUUCCGGAUAUUGGCGCUGAUCGGCCAAAUUGUCUUCUCUCUGGUUGCGGUCUUUCUCAUCUGUCUUGUUAUGAAGACCUAUCUCAUCGGGCCAUAUUAUCGAAAACUACAUAAUGAAAGCAAAGGAAAUAAAGAAAUUCUAGUCAUGGGAAUCUCUGCUUUCGUUUUUCUUAUGCUGACGCUAACAGAACUACUGGAUGUGUCCAUGGAAUUGGGCUGUUUCCUAGCUGGCGCUCUCAUUUCUUCUCAAGGACACAUGGUUACCGAGGAAAUUAUGUCGUGCAUUGAGCCUAUACGAGAUUUCCUGGCUAUUAUUUUCUUUGCUUCUAUAGGACUUCAUGUAUUUCCAUCAUUUGUCAUUUAUGAGCUCACCAUUCUUCUAUCCUUGACAUUGACAUUGGUGAUAAUGAAGUUUGUUUUGGCAGUGCUUGUACUGUCUUUGAUUCUACCAAAAAGCAGUCAGUACAUUAAGUGGAUCGUGUCUGCAGGGCUGGCUCAAGUCAGUGAGUUCUCAUUUGUUUUAGGCAGCAGAGCCCGCCGGUCGGGGAUCAUUUCACGAGAGGUCUACCUCCUUAUCCUCAGUGUGACAACCCUAAGCCUUCUCCUAGCACCUGCCCUGUGGAGAGUAGCUAUUACCAAAUGUGUUCCAAGACCAGAUAAACGGCUGAACACUUGAUCUCCUCCAGACUAUGAACAUCACCAGUGUUUCUUACACCAUGUAUGCACAGAAAACUAUGUAGCCCUUUGCUACAAGGACGCUUUUAGAAGGUAAAGCUGGUUUGGGUCAUGCUUUGGUAUUACUGGACUCCUCACCAUCUUGGUCAUGGUCCAUCAUACCUAAUCUUUACAGCAACGUCCUGGAGAUAGCCUUGAAUAUUUCUCCUCUAUGUGCCUUUUAAUCUAAAUCUUGUUUUAUUUUUAAGCAUCAUAUUGAAGUAUUUUUAUUGCACUACUUUGUGCUGUUUGCUAGGAUUGUUGGAUCAAGGUGCAGGUAGAUGGAAAAUCUCCAUAACAGAAUGGCUUAUGGUAGAGGCCUGCAGCAACUCAUGCGUCAUUGCACUUGUACUGAAAGUUAAGCUUCUGGUCAAAGUAUUGUUAAGACUCAUAUUACUUCUCUAUUUCAGUAAGACACUGUCCUCUGCAAUAAUCUAAUGCCAACACGUUUGCAGGUUCUACUGUAUCAAGGAAAUCUUUUUAUGAAGGAGGGGCUGUAUACUGGCUCUAUCCCUGACUGUUGUUUUUGUAUGAACUUUUUGUUUUCCUUUUGUGUAAAAUGUUAAGGACAUUAUGGAGGAGUUUUAUCAAAGCUUGUUCAAAGGUAGCAACCAAAAUCCACCUUUAAUUUUCCAGAGAUCCUUUGGAAAAUGAAAGACUACAUCUGAUUGGUAGCUAUGGGCAACUAAGUCAGUUUUCCUUUGCAGCAGUUUUGAUAAAUCUUCCCCAUUACGUCUUCAGGGAAGGUUCAAGAAUGGCUUUAUUUAAUCGAAGAUGGGUACGACAUAUUCCAGAUAUUUGAGCACACAACACUAAUAAUUGCAGGAAUGGAAUGUGUUUUUUUUUUUUUUUAAACCUUUUAUGUGGAAAUUACCAGACACCAGAAAGAAAAA